AGCUCCUCCCACCUCCUUGUGCUCUCCCCACGCUGCUGCAGAGGACUCCUGCUCCGCCUCAGCACUCCACCUCUGCACAGUGCAACAACAGCAGCAGCAGCAGCAGCAUGCCCGGCUGGAGCCGAAACUAGCCUGCAGCAGCACACAGUCUCCUGAGUUAUUAACCUGUCGCAUGUGGGAUACGUGAAGACAGACGGAUAUCGGCUUCUGUCGGAAUUAGAAGAGCAGUCACGAUACAGUUGUGUUGGUGAUUUUUUUGUCUGUUUUUUUUUUUGAAAGCUUUUGUGUUGCCAGGGAAGAGAAAGUCCGAGCAGCCAUGACAGUUCAUCCUGUAUCUGCCAGAUCACUCAAUAGCCACUUCUGACCAAACCUAAUUUAGCAAACCAAAGAUGUCAGCGUGCAGCGACUUUGCAGAACACGUGUGGAAACCCGGCUCUUGUAAGAACUGCUUCCACCCACUUAGUGCACACAAGACUGUUGGAGGCCUGGGUGGCAGUGUGCCAGCCGCUUGUUUGAAGAGCAGCCUGGGGGGUGAUGAAGAAGCUGGAGUGACAGUGCCUUCGCCCUAUAGUAAGCCAACUAUCGCUGUCAAACCCACUAUGAUGAGCCUUGACACCAAUGAGUCGAUGGCUGAUGUCAACAUGAACAUAGAGCAGGAGAACACAAAGAGCCCAGUUGAGCGUUUGGGUCUGAAGAAGCUCUUGGACCUGUCAUCUCUUUACAUUGACAGUAACGGAUGCAACAAGGCUCAUAGAGAGACGGUUCUCCACAGUCCCGAAACCAAGAUGGACUACAACAACUGCUUCUCUCUGGCUUCCUUAUCUCCCAACAUCCUGCCUAAAGACUCCAUGAUCAUCAGCAAUAUCUUUGUCACCCAGGAAGAGGGUAGAGGUUCUCAAAGUUUAAAGAAGAAUGCCAAUGGAGAAACCUGUAGGCAGCAGAAUACAACUACCACUAGAACCAAGAGCACUUAUAAUGGAAUUGGUGUGACCUCCAGGGCAAAUUGUCAAGAGUCGCAUCAGGCAUCUGUAGAGAUACCUUUUUCUGUGGAUAUUGUCACUUCCAGUCCUGCCACAGUUCAUAGCAAUGGUAUCAGCAGUGGAAAUACUGCUACUGUUACAACUAAGACAUCCAGCACUUCCCCCACCACAGCUUUAAGUGUGGACACCACUACCCACAAUCCCCCACAAUCCCUCAACUCUCCUCCAGUCCUGUCUAAACAGACCAGCCUAUCGGACUCCUCUUGUUCUUAUCGUAGUAGUACAGAUUCACUUCCUGGGGCAGAGGGGUCGGGAGGAAGACAAAUUAGGUCCGGGAGCCCCCAAAUUCCACCAUCUCGGGGUAGCUCACAGUCAGCUCCCAACUCUCCCAAUGGACAGCCAGACUCAGAGCCCAUUUAUGCAGAGAGCACCAAGAAAAAGCGCAGGGCGCAAGGAAAUGGUUUGCAAUCCCAUCCGGAGUCCCCAAACCAGACUAAGAACUCGUCCCAGUGCUCUGAGCUUGAGCUUUCAGGAGAGAGUCAUCGGGCCACCAUCACUGUAAUGGCCGCUCACACAGAGGAGAACAACAGGACUUUCUACCUGAGCAGUCCAGAUUCAGCCAUCAGCACCCAAUGCCGCUUCAGCCCCACAGCACGUAAAGACCCCAGCAGCCCGGCCUUUCGCUGGCCCAGCCAUAGCCACAGCGCACCCUCUUUGGUCACAGAAGCCAGCCUUACUCCAACUCUCCACCCCAAGCCUCAGUCUAGCCCACCCAUUCCCCCGAAAAGGACCACCCGUUCCCCCAAACUGGGCACCUCUAGCCUCUCACCGUCCAUGUCUUCUCCAGUCCCUCUUCCCGAUCUCCCCAAACUGGGCACCUCCAGCCUCUCACCGUCUGUCUCGUCUCCCGUCCCUCUCCCUGAACUUCCCAUGCUUUUCCUCGUCUCUGCUAGAGAGGGCCACUUCAAGGUCCAUACAGAGAACCACAGCGCAGCAGCACCCGAGCGCUGGCACAAGCCCCAGCUCCACAGUUCUGGCUGGAACUGUUGCAUCGAGGAAGAAGAGGAGGAGGAGGAGAGAGACCGGAAAGAGGGGGAGAGGAAGAAGCUGGCUGCCAAACCAGGGACAACCUCUCGGGUGACAGCCCCGGUCAAUGGUGCCGCUGUCUGGAAGGAGGCCAGAGACUGGACGGCUCACAACAGCCCCCCUCCGAUGACAGAGCCAGGCACGGCCCCCCCGACUGCCCCCAACAAUGGUGCCUGUCAGGGGGAGACAGAGGGCACCGGUGCAGAGGAGGAGGGCAAGCAUAACGAGAGCAUGCCGGCCAGGCAACCGUUGCAUGGCGGCUCAUCAGAGCUGCUGGCAGCAGGGAAGGGAGCUGCCAACAAUGAAUCCAAUCCACCACCUCCCCCACCUAAGAAACUGCACAGAGUGUGUAGUAAGAUGAGUGGCAGCAACAUGGAGCUGGACCGUUGCAACCAACAAGGGUCAGUAGAGAGCCCUACUUCUUCUUUACGGGGCCUGGGCAGUGUCAGCCUACACACUGCCUCCACUGACAACCUGACUGUUGACACUGGCUCUCGGGAUGCUUCACGGAUGUCUUGUUCCUCUCCAUUUUCCAGAAGUCCAGUGGCCUCGGCUCCUGGGUCUCCUCACCCACCCUCCUUUAACAGCUUAAAUAACCAGCCACCUCCACUCCCGAAGAAAGAAAUGGUCAACCGCACCGUGUCGGCUCCCGAUAGCGCAAAUGGAAAACCCUUUGUCCGAGCUUACCCACGCCUCCCAUUCACUGGCUCAGAGAGCAACAUGUGUCGACCUGCUGACGUUAGCUCCCGGUCCAGUUUGCCGUCCAGCCCUGUUGACCCGCGACCCAUAUUUUCUUCCAACGAGUCUCUGGAGCAUUGCCAUGCCCUGCUAGGCAGAUCCUCGAGGUCCCGGACACUGGAUGAGUCACUGAAGACUCACGGGCGUCUGGGUGUCCACUGCCGAAGCAGCAUCACCUGCUCCUCUUCCCCCCAACUCAAUGUGCCCUUCUCAGCUUCAGAACCGGGUUUGGCACCAAAUUUGGGCUCUAGCCUGCAGCUCCAGACCCUUCUGAGUAACAUAGACAGUAGGGAGGGAGUGUACUCCAAACUGGGAGGCCUAUAUGCAGAGUCUCUGCGGCGCUUGGCUCUAAAAUGUGAAGAUCACUUCACUCGUUCCCAGAGGAACCCACUUAGGUUUGAGGAGAGCAACUGGUCUCUGUUCAGGCUCACGUCUAACAAGCCGAGCUGCAACGCAGGAGAUGCUGUGUACUACUCUGCUGCUUGUGCCUCAGACCCCAGCAACUCCUACGCUGUAAAGAUCUGUAAGAGUCCAUCCAUGGAGGCCAAACAGGGCCAUCUCUACAGUCUGUCAGUGCAGCAGAGCAUUCCUCCCCACUUCAACCUCCAGCAGGACUGUGGCCACUUUCUCGCUUGUGUCCCCCAGAGCAUGUUGCCUUCUGACGAAGUCUCUCUGCCCACCACACCUGCUUCAUCGCUGCCUCAGCCCUCCACGUCUGCACCUGGCCAACAGGUAGAGCAAGAGCGAGUGGUGGUCAUCACCUCUGAGAUCCCUCAGCAGACAGCAGCUGACUUUGUUCGGGAGUGGGAGGCGUUCCAUAAAACUCAGCCAGAGGUCUAUGAGCGGCGUGCAUGUUUCCUCCUCCUGCAGCUCUGCAAUGGCCUGGAGCACUUGAAGGAGCACGGGGUCACGCACCGCGACAUCUGCCUCGAAAACCUGUUGCUGGUGCCUCAUCACCACAGGCCCUCCCAGUUCCCCCAACAGACCACCACUGACAACAGCACCGGUAACGGUUCAAGUCACCUCCCCCGGCUCCUUAUCAGCAACUUUGCUAAGGCCAAGCGUCGCUCCUCUGAGGAUGCUGCCUCAACCACUGUGGAUCCUCGCAUCAAACGUGACCACGCCAGAUUGGCGCCUGAGAUAGUCUCAGCAGCCCAGUACCGUAAAUUUGACGAGUUCCAGACAGGCAUCUUGAUCUACGAGCUUCUCCACCAACCCAACCCAUUUGAGGUGAGUCCAGCUCUGAAGGAACAAGACUACCGCUGUGAGGACUUGCCUCCAAUCCCCUCUGUCUCCCUUUAUUCAGCCGGCCUCCACAGGCUGGCUCAGCUCCUGCUCCAACCUGACCCCAUCAAACGCAUCCAUAUCCAAGAGGCCAAGCGCAUACUGCAGAGCCUGCUCUGGGGCCCAAGGAAGGACCUGAUGGAGCAGCAGUGGGAGAGACACAGACCAGGUGGAGGCUUUGUCGGCGGAUCCCGACACGAGGGCCUCCUCAACUGGCUGGAUGUGAAACGGGCCCUGCUGAUGAUGAAGUUCGCUGAGCGUUCACUGGAGCCCGAGAGGAACGCAGAGCUGGAGGACUGGUUGUGCUGCCAGUACUUUUCCUCGGCUCACCCUCUGUCUCUCUGCCAUACUGCUGAACUGCUCUACUCGCUAAAGUGACGGCUCACUUCAGGGUUAAAAAUGUGUGUGAGCGGAACUGAAGUAAUGCGUGAAUGUGUGUAUGAGAAAGACCAAUAAUGUCAAAGUUAAUGUAUAGACACUAUCGAUGGGUCCAGGCAGUGUGAUCCUUUGGAGGUACUAUGAACCUACCCACCUGUUUGCGCUACUGCUACAUGCAUGAGAGCCACGCAUCAACCUAGCCGUCCACUCUCAGUAUCCUGCUACAGACUGUCAAUGUAGCAAAGAAAUGACCUGUGAAAAUUAAGCUGUUUUUAGAUGUUCUUGUAACAGUCAAGAGACAUAUGGACAAAAUCGCUAAAACAUUCACAUUCACUAGAAUCACUUUGCGCCAGUGAUGCUGAUACAUUGGUAAAAAAAAGGAAAACUAUGGACAGUAUUCAUAAUUCUAUAAUACACUUACCAAAGUCUCAUGUUUGACACUGUAUUGUGUGUAUUUAUUAUUAAAUAUGAUCUAAGACGUUUUACUCACUGAGAACAGGCUAAUAGUUGAUAACCUUAUUCUGCACCAUCCAGCUUUGCCAAGUAAUGAUGUCGUAUCUACGUAAAUGUGCAGCUAACUGAUAUCUGAAUAAAAAUAUGAAGUCACUAGCAGACUUACACUGUUGCACCUUUUUCCGUCAUGUUUAAUCAUGGGCACAUAGUGCUGUACUGUAUACUGUGUAAACAAUACAAAUUCAACUUUUCUUUAACCAAAUCCACAGAAAGUUGCAGAAUAAUGCUGGUUUCUCAGUGAAUACUGGUGUACUAGUAGGACAGAACAAGGCAGGCUUCCUUAAGUCUGUGUUGUCUCGCAAUCCUUGUUAGACAGCAUUGCACAAUAAAGACUUAGUACAGAUUAAUCAUAAGACAUACUGUCUAAACUCAAUAUUAAUAGGAUUGACAAAACAAUUGGCAACAUUAGCGAUUGCUUCUACUGAAUUGAUGCCCAGUUUUUCCCUUUUGCUUACUUUUAGUACAUAUUUAAAUGUUUUGACAUUUGUCACAGUGCCUUUUGUUCUGUGUAUAUGUUACAGUGACUGAAAAGCCAAAUGUAAAUAUUACUGAUCAUUCGUCCUUUGUGAAACUGGCCUUUCACAGAAUGUUCUAGAAAUAAUUUUGUACAGUGAUUUGUAGAUGAUAUUAGGAGAAAAAUGAGCCCAAGCAGGUCUUUUAAAAGCCAUGAAAUAUGAGCAGCAGUUAAAAAAUAUUUAUAAUAUAAUUUGUUAUCCUGUAGUAGUCACUGGAAUUCCUCUGUUUAUUUUCAUAUGUGGAUUAUCAAAUUAUUUGAGGUUUUUUGGCACAGCAGCAGCUGGGCCUGUUUUUUUUUUUUGUUUGUUUUUUUUGUUUGUUUGGUUUUUUUGCCUCCUGUGUCCCAUGUAGGCUGCAGAAAAAGCUUCAAGUUAUGGGUAAUUUAUCUCCAGCAAAUAAUUUCUUAAUAAAGUCCGGAAUAGCACGAAUUUAACAGCCUGCAUGCAGGUUUCUAUCCACGACGAUUUUUCUAAUGUUGAAGAGAAAGAGAAGGACAGAACUCACAACUAAUACAUUAGUGAUUUGAGUUAUUUUGUGUGUGCCUCACCUAUUUGCAUCUAUCAAUAAACUGUGCAUAUAUUUUCUCACAGUA